GUCAUUCGGUGUUUAUCUGUUGAGUCUUAACUUGCCCAAGGUUACAUUUCCUUGCGUCUUAAAACAUACUGCGUUUGCGAAAUACUGAAACACAUUAGGUCAUCUGUCCUUACAUGUCUCGGAAUGGUAGUUUCCACUCCCAGUUUGUACAUCCGAGAAUCAGAGUGAGAACAGGGCUGCUGAGGCAGGAGGCCUGCUGUAGUUUGGAUCUAUUAAAAUGGGACUGAAUUUGAUAGAAGUUUGGGCGACAGUUUUACUUCUAGUUUCCACAGCUGCGGGCUCUAACAUUUGCACUUCCAGAGGAGUGAGUAACUGUAAAGAAUGUCUGUCGAUACAUCCGACCUGCGCCUGGUGCUCUCAGGAGAUCUUUGGAAAGGGAGGCUCGAGUUUGUCCCGUUGCGAUCUCAGAGACAGUCUCAUCCAGUCUGGUUGUGGCGUGAAGUUCAUUGAGUUUCCAGUUAGCAGCAUGAGGAUACUAGAGAACGUACCCCUGAGUGACAAGGCAGGGGGGUCAGAUGACAUCACUCAGAUCCAACCACAAAAAAUCCACCUGACCCUCAGGCCAGACGAUUCAAAGAAAUUCACGGUCACUGUGAAGCAAGCAGCUGAUUACCCAGUGGACCUGUACUACCUGAUGGACAUGACCAAUACCAUGAAGGACGACCUGCAGAAGCUUUAUACACUGGGCAAUGGUCUGGUCACAGCUUUACGGGGCGUCACCAGUAAUCUGCGCAUGGGAUUUGGAGCUUUUGUAGACAAACCGCUCUCACCUUACAUGUACAUUUCCCCGGCAGAAGUCAUCCAGAAUCCUUGUUAUAAGUUUCCUGAACCCUGCCCACCGCAAUUCGGCUAUCGUAACGUACUGUCUCUGACGGAGCAGGUAGAGCGCUUCACAGAGGAAGUGAAGAAACAGAAGGUGUCCAGAAACAGAGACGCCCCUGAAGGUGGAUUUGAUGCUAUCAUGCAAGCAGUAGUAUGCAAGGACAAAAUUGGAUGGAGGCCUGAUGCAUCUCAUUUGCUGAUCUUCACAAGUGAUGACAGAAGUCAUUUGGCUUUGGAUGCCAGGCUGGCUGGAAUCGUCCAGCCCCAUGAUGGAGAGUGCCACAUCAACAACUACAAUGAAUAUGACAAGUCCACUAUACUGGACUAUCCUUCACUUGGUAUGAUCACGGACAAAUUAUCUGAGAAUAACAUCAACCUCAUCUUUGCUGUAACCAAUAAUAUGGUGGAUCUUUAUCGUAACUACAGCGAGCUGAUUCCCGGCUCUGCGGUCGGAACGCUUUCCAGAGACUCUGGAAAUGUUGUGCAACUCAUUCUGGAUGCAUAUGCGAAGAUCAGAUCUAAGGUUGAGCUGGAGCUGCUGGGUGUGCCAGAUGAGUUAUCUCUGUUCAUAAACGCAACAUGUCUGGGUGGAGAGCUCAUUCCUGGCGUCAAAUCCUGCGCUGGACUCAAAAUUGGAGAUACGGUUUCAUUUAACAUUGAGGCAAAGCUUUACGGCUGCCCCAAAGAGAAGAACCGGACCUUCAUUGUGAAGCCAAUAGGUUUUAAAGACACCCUUCAGGUGACUGUGGACUUUGCUUGUGAAUGUAACUGUCAGCAGUCCUCCGUGCCCGCCAGCCCGUCCUGUCACCACGGUAACGGGACCCUGGAGUGCGGCGUGUGCCUGUGUGACCCGGGACGACUGGGCUCUCGAUGUGAGUGCUCCGAGGGCGAAUACAAACCCACCCAACAAGACAGCUGUAGCCCUGGCCCAGCAGCGCCGGUUUGUAAUGGGCGCGGAGACUGUGUGUGCGGCCAGUGUGCCUGUCGCUCGACUAAUUUCGGGAAGGUUUGGGGACCGUACUGUGAAUGUGAUGACUUCAGCUGCCUCCGUUCCAAAGGACAAAUAUGCUCAGGUAAUGGUGAGUGCAACUGUGGCACCUGCCAGUGUGUCUCUGGAUGGUCCGGGGAUAGCUGUGACUGCUCGACCCGCACAGACGGCUGCAUGGGGAGCGGAGGAAUGCUGUGUAGUGGCCGUGGCCACUGUGUGUGUGGCGUCUGUGAGUGCACACAGCCAGGAGCCUAUGGGUCCACCUGUGAGAAGUGUCCCACCUGCCCAGAUGCCUGCACCAUCAAAAAGGAGUGUGUGGAGUGUAAACAUUAUAAGAGAGGGGAUCUGUAUGAGAAGAACUGCAAUCACUUCUGCAGAGAUGACAUUGUGCCGGUGAUUGAGCUCGUCUUUCAUGAGAAGAACUCGGUGAACUGUAGCUACAAGGAUGAGGACGACUGCGUCCAGAACUUCCAGUAUUAUGAAGACGCCAGUGGAAAAUCCUUCCUCUAUCUUGUUAAAGAACCAGAGUGUCCUAAGGGUCCUGAUGUGUUGGUGGUUGCUCUUUCGGUCGCCGCUGCGAUCCUGCUGCUGGGACUGGCUACGCUCUUGGUGUGGAAGCUUCUCAUCACCAUUCACGACCAUCGUGAAUUUGCCAAAUUUGAGGAGGAGAAAGCCAAGGCUAAGUGGGAAGCGGCUAAUAAUCCGCUCUACAAAGGAGCCACCAGCACCUUCCAAAACGUAGCAUAUCGUGGCAGUUAAGAGUGACACCACCUCUGCUUCUGUCAGGCACAACUACUGAUCAUCCCAACAGCACACGGCUCAGCCAAUCACAGCUGGCUUCACCAGAACCACAACUGUGGUGACUAAUGAACCGAAUGUACCGGAAACAUGAAAAAUCUGAUCCUAAACUUUUAGAAGUGACAAUUCUAGUUAGAGUGUAAACAUGUUCAGUGACACUCAGUUACAAUUUACUAAAACUAAUUUUAAGUAAAAAUUUCCACUUAUAGCACUGUUAGUUUUACAUUUUCAUUUUCCUAAUGAUAGAACUAUUUAACAACAACAACAACAAAAGUAAAAAAAAAUAUUUUAUUCAUUCUGAAACUUGACAAGGCUGUUGUGGGACUGGUGGGACUUUAAAACUGUUCUCUUCUUACUGUACAUUCCUUUGCACGGCUGGUAUUCAUUUGCUGCAAUUUAAAAUAUUUUGAAACGUGCAUUUCCUGUGUUAUCAUUUUAUUUAAAGUCAUGUGUGUAACUUUUUCUAGUGUUAAAAUCUUUCUUGUAUCCGCUCAUUAAUAUACAGAGACAAAAAUGUCAUAUAACUCACUGUGGCUAAAACAUUCCUCUACUUGGCUAAGCAUCCCAAAGUUUGGAUGGCCAACGGGAAACCCUUCUGAAAACAGUCAUUAUUAUUGCUAUUCCAUUGAAAUAGAACCCUUGAAAUAAAUCUGAUGUUUACAAUUCUACAGUAAUUUUCUGAAAGUCAAAGUGUCUUAUUUAAAGAAUGAUUUCUGUUUGAUUCAGACUAGUUUUUAGAGCAAUUAAAGUGCUAACUUGUUGACCUGUGUAGAGUGUGUUGUGUUGAAAUACUUUUAUAUGAUCAUAAGGGGUGUGGCCAGUUAAAAAAAAAAAAAAAAGUUCUGCAACAACA